AUGACUUUUAAAUCACCCAAAGCAAUUUGGGAUUAUCUGAAAGAGGAAUACGCUGGAGAUGAUAGAAUACGAAGCAUGCAAGUGUUGAAUUUAAGGAGGGAAUUUGAGCUUCAAAGGAUGCAAGAGUCAGAGGUAACGGUGCCGGAGAGGUAUGAAGCAUCUAUAGCUUCAUUGGAGAACACAAAGGAUCUAUCGAAAAUCACAUUGGCAGAAGUGCUACAUGCCCUGCAAGCUCAAGAGCAGCGAAGGUUGAUGAGGCAAGAUCUUGUUGUCGAAGGUGCUUUUCCCACCAAACAUCAUGAAGUUGAUGAAAGCAAAAAUGAUUUUUUCAAGAAGAAUCAACCAGCAAGCAGCGAAAACAGUGCAAACAACCAAGGUAAAGAUAAAAAGAAAAAUUAUCCACCUUGUCAGCAUUGUGGCAAAAAAGGUCAUGCACCUUUCAGAUGUUGGAGGAGACCAGAUGCAAAAUGUAACAAGUGCAACCAGAUAGGGCAUGAAGCGGUGAUCUGCGUCAACAAAAAUCACCAUGAUGAGGGAGCUCAGAUUGCUAAUCAAGAAGAAGAGGACCAACUGCUUGUAGCCACAUGCUUCUUGAGUAGUGAAUCAAGUGAAAGUUGGUUGAUUGAUAGUAGUUGUACGAACCAUAUGACAUAUGAUAAGACUUUAUUCAAAGAUUUGAAGCCAACUAGUGUCUCAAAGAUGUUGGCGGGUCAAGUGGCCUAG